UUGUGUUCCUUCCCCCUUGUUGUUAAUAUUCAUUGUGUUAAGUAUCUGGUCACAUUUUACCUUUUUAGUGAAGACUGAAGCAAAAUAGGCAGUAAACACCUCGGGCAUCUUGAGGUCGUCCAUUAUUCGCUCUCCUUGUCUUUUAUGCCCCUUGCUCGGGGUAACUCAUGUUGUCCCUAUAGGGGGUGGGGGUGGGGGUGUGCGCUCCCCUUAGCAAUUUGUCCAUGUUUCCACUUUCUGUGGGAUCCUUUUUGAUUUUCAGGUCAUUCAAGAGCUCCUGAUGCAGCCAUACUGGCUUCUUACUAAUCUUCCUGCCUUUCCCUUGCACCGGGAUAGUUUGUUGUUGCACCUGGUACUGUCUCUUUGAGAACUGCCAGCUCUCUGGAAUUCCUUUUCAUUUUGAUUUUCUUCCCAUGGGACCUCACCUACCAGUUCGCUGAGUUUGUUAAAGUGCGUCUUUUUGUAAUCCAUUGUCCUUAUUCGGCUGCUCUCAUACCUUCCCUAGACUCCUGAAAUCUGUCAUUUCAUGACCACUUUCACCCAGCUUGCCUUCAACCUUCAGAUUCGCUACCAAUGCCUCCCUGUUGGCCAGGCUCAAGUCUACAAUGGCAGUCACCCCGCUUACAUCCUGCACCUUCCUGAAACCAGACCUUAUCCCCAGGACAUUCCAAGAACUUAUUGGGCAGUUGGUGUUUUGCUGGAUUACAUUUCCAGCAGAUGUCUGAGCAGGGCCAGUGCCCCUAACUACUAGGUCUUGUGUUUGGGAUAUUUCUGUUUGUUCUAGAAAUGCCUCACCCACCUCCUCUUACUAAUUGGGUCCCUACUACCAUCACCCCUAUUUCUUCACCCAGAGCCUGUCAACUGCUCUGCCUCUCACCUCCUGAACCUCAGGACAGGGGUAUAUGUUCUUGGCAUGUAAUGAACCCCCCUCCCCCCGCCUUUUCCCGGUUUGUCCUCCUGAUCAAGCUGCCCCCUCCUCCACCGAUGUUCCAGGCAGGAGACUUCUCCCCCCGUGAUGCCUGUGAAGUCAAACACCUGCAGGGCACUUUGCUCCAGGUGCCGCGCUGGCAGCCAGAGCAGGGACUUUCCAGUGUGGAUUUUGACUAAUCCUUAGGGGACCUCAGCCAGAGGAAACCCCCUGUUGGGCCGGUCCUGCUCCGGGCUCAUGUCAAGUGAAGUCUGUAAAAUGGGAGCAAUCAGAUGGGUCAAUUAAAGUGCCACCUCUGGGGCUUCCAGUCAGCUGCUUGGUCCAAAGGGAGCCCCAUCUCCGUCCGCCUGCACCUCCAGCUAUCGCCUGCAGGAGGCUCCAGCUGCCUGGGCGGAGGAGGGGGAUCCACUCCCCCUCCACACCGGACCGGGGGCAGGGUCCGGCGCCUCAGGCUCUGGUCAAACCCAGUGACAUUCCAGCAGGGAGCAGGCGAGAGGCUCCUGCCUCUCCCUAGGGACGCCCAGACCCCUCGGCGGAGCACACGGGCCUUGGCCGGGUUCUUCUCUGCCUUGGAGGGAGGUGGCUCUUGUAGUGAUUUGAGUCCCCCAAAGCCCUGCUCUGGUUUAGAGCAGCGGUCCCAGGAAGUGUCCUCUCCCUCUCCCAGCAUAGUCUCUCCUUAGCGCACUGGCUGCGUGGUCGUGCACCCAGGGCCCGCGCUUGUUAGCGUCCAGCCAUGGCUACACCUGCUCCGAUCAUCGCUCGGACACGCCCUGUUGCACCAACUCCUGCCUAAUGGGUUUGUCCUUGAAUCCUGCUGCUACUAAUGCACCGGACUUUGACAGGUGCGAAUCACUGCGUUCACAGGUCCCCCAUGGACACCUCCACUCUCCCCCACACCCCUCGGGCGGGAGGGGCCCCAAAGAGGGCUGGGGGGGGUGGUAAAUAGCUCUGGCACCAAAGGGGUCUCGUUCCCCUCUCAGACCCCCAAAGGCUGAACUGGUCCCGCUGCCGGUUCCUGACACGUUCGGCCCGAGCCGAGCUCUGGAGAAUUUCAGCCCAAGGGGCAGAGGCGAUGCCCCUUCUCAUGGAAAGGCGACACUAAUCCGAGGGCUGGCAGCUGUGCAGGGCCCGGUGCUCGCUUAUCUCUGUAACUUCCCCUCACCCCCCUGGCUCGGGCUCCGGGGCGGUUCACUUUGGGCCUCCUGGAGCUGAGCAGCUGCGUGCCAAGAGCCUGGCACCCGGCACUUCACUGCCGUGGGAAGCGAAAGUCCCUUUCGAGUCUGGGUGCUGUGCGCGGAAGAUGAACCGCUCAGGCGCCCCGGCUGCCUCCGCCACCCUGCUCGGGCCCAGGAGCCAGGAGGUACCGUGCACUUCAUGGGACUUGCCCCAAGCCAGCAGCGAUCGGUAACCUGCGGGGUUGCUCGGGAGCAGAGCAUUUGGCUGCAAGAAACAGAACUGCAGGCAGCCCGAGGCUAGGCUCCAGGUGUCACUCCGGCGUGGAGGGAACCAUGUUCCCUCCAGUCUCAUUGUCCGCCUCCCUUCCCCAGCUCUCUCCCCCUGCCUGCAGCACCUUCAGCCCCUCGGGUCCUGCUCUGGCUUUAGACCUGAACGGCACCAGCUCCGAGGGGCCUCUCUGGCCGGGCUCUCAGGUACCCACCCGGCUGUCCGGGAAACCCCAUCUUCAGCCUCCAUCUGUGCGAGCCCUUCCCUGGCCCUGACGGAGGGGAGCCUCUGGCCGGGGGGUGCCGAGGCAGAGAGAAUCAGGGACUUGCUGGGUCCCGCAGCCGCCUGGCCGGGGCAGGGGCAGAACCCGGCUCGGUGCCCGGGCACAAGCCCCGCCUGGCUGACGGGGUUGCUUCACUAGGACGAGCCUGUGGGGCUCCCCGGGCCGGUGGUUUGUCUGGACCCUGCCGGCCCCGCGGUGCCCAGGGGCGGGCAGCCCCCGGCGGGAGCACGUGGAGGGCGGCGCGGCGGCUCGCGGGGAGGUGACGGGCGGCGCCCGCCCGCUCCCUGCCUCCCUCCGCCCGUGGGCAGCCCGGCGCUGCAGCCCGCUCGCAGCCGGGGGAGAGGGGCUCCCUCCUCCGGCCUCGGGGCGUCUCUCCCGGCCGGGCAGGCGGAGCCCCCGGGGGCUGCAGGAGGUGCCGGCUCAGCCGCUCCUUUAAAGGCGGCUCGGCCGGGCCGGGCUCAGAGCGGCGCGGGAGGCGGAGGCCGGUGCAGGCGGCAGGGAGCCGGGCGGCACGAUGCCAGUGAGCUUUGCCACGGCCCUUCGUGUUUUUGGUACCAGCCUCUUCGCCUUGGUGGUGCUGGGAGGCAUCCUUGCAGCCUACAUCACUGGCUACCAGUUCAUCCACACCGAGAAGCACUACCUCUCCUUCGGCCUGUAUGGUGCCAUCCUGGGCCUGCACCUCUUCAUCCAGAGCCUCUUUGCCUUCCUGGAGCACCGGCACAUGCGGCUCGAGGGGCGGCCCCUGAAGCUGCACCGCUCCGUGGCGCUCUGCAUCGCUGCCUACCAGGAGGACCCCGACUACCUGAAGAAAUGCCUGCGCUCGGUGAAGCGCAUCUCCUUCCCCGACCUCCAGGUGGUGAUGGUGGUGGAUGGCAAUGGCCAGGAUGACACCUACAUGCUGGAGAUCUUCAAUGAGAUCCUGGGCUCCGAGAAAACGGGCUGCUAUGUCUGGAAGAGCAACUUCCAUGAGAGGGGCGAGGGGGAGACGGACAGCAGCCUCCAGGAGAGCAUGGGGCACAUCCAACAGCUGGUGCGGAACAGCACCUACUCCUGCAUCUUGCAGAAGUGGGGGGGGAAGCGCGAGGUGAUGUACACAGCCUUCCGAGCGCUCGGGGACUCCGUGGACUACAUCCAGGUGUGCGACUCAGACACGGUCCUGGACCCAGCCUGCACAGUGGAGAUGCUGCGCAUUUUAGAGGGGGACCCACGAGUGGGCGCAGUUGGUGGAGACGUUCAGAUCCUCAACAAGUACGACUCGUGGAUCUCCUUCCUGAGCAGCGUGCGGUACUGGAUGGCCUUCAACGUGGAGCGGGCCUGCCAGUCCUACUUCGGCUGCGUGCAGUGCAUCAGCGGCCCCCUGGGCAUGUACCGCAACACCCUCCUGCAGCACUUCCUGGAGGACUGGUACAAUCAGAAGUUUCUUGGCAGCAAGUGCAGCUUUGGGGAUGACAGACACCUCACCAACCGUGUCUUGAGCCUAGGGUAUAGGACUAAGUACACCGCCCGCUCCAAGUGCCUGACCGAGACUCCCACCAAAUACCUCCGCUGGCUCAACCAGCAGACUCGCUGGAGCAAGUCCUACUUCAGGGAGUGGCUCUACAACGCCUUGUGGUUCCACAAGCACCACCUCUGGAUGACCUACGAGUCUGUGGUGACUGGCUUCUUCCCCUUCUUCCUCAUUGCCACGGUCAUCCAGCUGUUCUACCGCGGCCGCAUCUGGAACAUCCUCCUCUUCCUCCUGACUGUGCAGCUGGUGGGGAUCAUCAAGGCCACCUACGCUUGCUUCCUCCGGGGCAAUGCGGAGAUGAUAUUUAUGUCCCUCUACUCCCUGCUCUAUAUGUCCAGCCUCCUGCCGGCCAAAAUGUUCGCCAUCGCCACCAUCAACAAGUCAGGCUGGGGCACCUCCGGCCGCAAAACCAUUGUGGUCAACUUCAUCGGCCUCAUCCCCGUUUCUGUGUGGGUCGCUGUCCUGCUGGGAGGCCUGGCCUACACGGCGUACUGCCAGGACCUCUUCAGUGAGACGGACCUGGCCUUCCUCAUCUCUGGUGCCAUCUUGUACGGCUGCUACUGGAUGGGGCUCCUCAUGCUCUACAUGGCCAUCGUUGCCCGGCGCUGUGGGAAGCGGCAGGAGCAGAGCAGCCUGGCUUUUGCCGAGGUGUGACAGGUGGGGGGGCUCUGGAUGGAGUGGGGAACGUGCAAUGGGAAAGGAUUAGUGCAUUGUGCGGGGGCAGGUGGGGGUGGGGAGGAGACGGGAUUUUAUUUGUGGGUUUUUAAAUUGCUGUCCAAGGAGCGAGUUCCUGGGCUAGUGAGUCUGAACGCCACCCGAGGAGAGGCUGCUUGUUGCCCAGCAGAGCACACUUCAGGUAGCCUGGGCCAUGCACGCCUGCCCGCAGGUGCGGUGACUCCAGCGUUUGAGGCCCAUCCUACUGCUGGAGGAGUGGGAAAUCCCCCGAGGCAGCUUCCCGCCUUUCCAACACUUGCGAUGGCUCCGGUGGAGAUCCCUGUCUGCCACCUGCCAGGGCACAAAAUCCUGUGUGGGAGCAGCACUGAGCUCCACUGGUGUGGGAGAGGCCCUGGGCCGGAGGUGGGACAGGAGGCAUUGCCUGCAGUCUCCAACGUGAGCAUUAAGGCUCCAGGGGAGGCCUGCUCCCCAGGAGCCAGGGAGAGUGCUCUGUGCUCCCCCUGCCCACCAGUAGGGACAGCAGUGCUCACUGAAAUGAAUUCAUACUUCAAAAGAAUCCAAGUUUGCGAACACUUUGUCCUGAGCUGUAGAGCAGGAGCUCUGGUGGCACUGGCAGCAUGGUAGGUGACACAGUAAGUUGGCUGCAAUGUGUGCCCCUGGAGCCCUGAUUCCUGCCUGGGGCCCGCGAAAGAGGCUGAGAGGGGCACUGCUUAACCAGAGCCAGGGCCUGCUCCGAGCUGGGCUCGGCCAGGCCCUGUGCCUCUUUGGUGCUGGUCUAUAAACUCUGGCAGCGGGGACUGCCCACGGGAGUCAGGGCUCACGAGGUCCAAGGCAGGUAUGGUGAAGGCUCCCCUCCCCCUGGGAAGGCGUGCCCCAACAUCUCUGCAGGAGAAGCUGUGCUUGGCAGGCUGUGAGCUCCCUCCCUCUUGUGCUUUACCGUCCAGACACUGGAUUCCCUGUCAGUCUUGCAUUCUCCCCAGGCAGGAAAAUGGUCCAUAAAUAUUCAAUUUAUUUAAGAGGGCAGAAACACCCCCUCCCCCCACCCCCCCGCACAGGCCUGUGGAUUUAAUGCUGUGAACUAGGGAGGGUAACCUGUGGCUCUCCUGAGGCUUUGUGCUGGGGCGGGGGCUGCUUUGCUCAGGACACUGCAGUCCUUUCCCUGGUGCGGUGAAGAGAUGUCUCCAACUUGACAUGAGAGUUUCCAAGGCAGGGGGAAGGAUCCUCCCCUGAGAGGGCCCAGAUGGCAGCAGUUGGGCCGCCUGGACUGGACCAUUCUUUGCCGUUCUGAAGCGGCUUCCUCAGUCCUUUUCCUUGAGCCACUUGAAAAGGGGAAUGAUCCUGGCCUCCCGCAGGGAUCUGCCGCAGGUCUGUAUGGCCCAGCUGCCUCCAGCACUCUCCCAUGGCUCCUUCUGAUCCAAAGCCCUGGGCAUGAGGGCAGUGUGCGCCCACGGUGCUGAUGGCGGGAGGAGCUGCUGCUCCGCUGUGCCACUCACCCCCAGGCAGGGGGGCUGUGCCCUGGGGUCACUGCCAGGGGCAGUGGGGCACACUCUGCCCAACUCAGCCCAGGGCCUGGCUUGUCUGUUCCUCAAAGGCUGAGGCAAUAUGGCUCCAUUUUUAGCCAUUGCUGUGCUCAGAGGAACAUCCCUACAACGGCCAGACCAAGAGCAAUAACCCGAGCCAGCCUGCUGCUAGGGCCACGGGGCCGCGCACAGCUCGAGUGCCCUACGGUGCCAAGGCCCACGGCAGGGUCACCUGGGGCCUCUCGGGAUGGCUGCCUCUGCCCCCCAUUCAGCAUCACCCGGUGCUUACGAGCGACCUGUGGGCCAGACUGUGCCAGCAGCUGAGGGCGAAGGCAGAAAGGUGAGUGGCUGCAUUCAGAUUACAUGGCUCUGAGCUUUCCUCCUCCCCUGCCUGUCCCCUGGGCCCACUGCACAAGGGGGAGCACCUUUGCACUGGAGCGAGGCCAAGGCUGGCUGUCGGGGCUGGUGAUAGGAACGGGGAGGGGGCAGCAUCAAGAUGGAGUUAGAAAGUGAUUACUUAGCCUCUCAGUGCUUCCCCUCCUCCCUGCUUCUCAGGUCAUGGCGCCUGGUUGUGUCGGGUCCUAGUGUCCUGUCCACACCACGCAGGAGUGCCAGAUCCCCUCUCAUCCAGGUGAGGGAACACCGUCUUUACGGCUGCUCAGGACGGUCCUGCCCUGCUUUCAUACGGCUGCGCACAAGCAGGCAGCACGGCCUGUGCCCUGGGAGGCAGGACCCUGGGUACUAUUCCUGGCUCCGCCACUGAUGCAGGCAAGUCUCUUCCCCAGCUGUGAAAGGGGGGUAUGUGGACACCUUGGGAGAUGGGUGCUCUCCCAGGGCAGUUAAUUAUGUGCUGUCCAUUCCAGGGGUUAGCACCGUGGGCCCCACUCCGCCAAGAGCCUCAGUCAGAAUCCCUGCCCCAUGCCCUCUCUAGUGCCCAGCCCUGGCUGUAGCUCUAGCAUCUCUGUGUGAGGCUACGUGCCAGACCCAGAAACCAAGCGCCGCUCUGCGGAAGAGCGUCUGUGCCCAGUACAGCCAGGGUGCUGGGGGCGGUGUGGAGAGAGGCAAAGGGAUGUCGAGGGACGCAUGGCGUGAGCCUAGCCGGAGCGGGAAUGUAGCAGGUAAAGGGCUCACCCCUGUUCUGCUCGCUGAGGAGCCUCAUGCAGGGACCCAGCGAUGAGGCAGAAGGGAAGCAGGGCUUAGAGUUCUGGAACCAGCCACCCAGCCUGUGCAGAAGGGGGUCUGAGAGGCCGUCUGCUGAAGAAACACCACACAAGCCCCUUAGGCCCCUCCAGCUGCCACUCCCUGGCCCCCGUGGGCGUUGGUAGGGUCUGAGGGUUGCCCCAUGGAGAGCAGCAGCUAAUUCAGGCCCCUUUGCCAAAGAACGGAAGGGCGGUGAGAGGCCAGUCAGCGGGAGCCGCCCAAGAAUGGCUGCCGGCAGCUUCUUUGCCUGCCCUCCACUCCGCCUCAGGAGUGCUCAAGGGGCUUGUGAACCCUUCCAGGGCCUGCAAGGGUGGUUGUAGCCCAAACCUGUGUUUCGUGCUGUGUCCCGGUGAGCUGGGUGCUGCACCACUCCUCCAGCACAGAGCCUCUGCCAUGAGCGAAGGGAACGCCAGCCCCCAGCCAGUUAGUACCUCUGCUGAGCAAUGCAAGGUGCUGUGCUGGGGACCAGCCCCAUGGAGUAUUUUUGCAUGUUGGCUUAAGUCCCUGUGCUGCUACUGAGCCGGGUUUAGUGGGCCAGGGGUUCCCCUAGUCUGCGGAGCUGCAGGGCAGAGGUUCCAGUAACCACCCCCAUCCCAUCCAAGAGGGACAGGAGUCGAGCUGAGAGCACCCCCCCACCCCGCAGGGACUAACCUGCCAUGGUACCAGGCUGCUAAAGGCUGGGAUUCCAGCCGCUGGGCCAGGCUGCUUGUCUGUGUGGGCAGUUACCUCAGGAGAGGGGAUGCUCCCAGCGCUUUGCACCCCUCCUUGAGCUAAUCACGGCUGCUUUGCUCUUGGGCUGGGUCCAGUCAGCUCUGUUCCCCGACUUCUGUGCUUUCUUCUGAGGGAGGGCCCCUGCGGAUUGUACUCUAUGGGCUGCUGGAACCGGUGCCUCUCCCUGCAUGUCACUGCAGCCUCCCCUCCCCUCAGGUGCUAGGGGGAGGGAGCCUGGCCUCCCUGGGCGUACAUGAGGCCUGAGCAGGGCCCUGGCUUUGGAUCUAGACCACAGGUAUGUGCUCCCUUCUGGGCCUGGGAGAGCAGCUUCCACCCCUGCCCCACCCAGCAGUGUCCCCACAUCCCUUGUGUCUGGUCUGGCUCCUGGCUGCACCACAGCUGUCUCCCCAGGCCCUCUUCUCAGGGCAGAGCCCUUACUCCAGGUGAUUUACUCCAUUUAAUACAAGGUUUUUAGGAGACUUUUGUAGCUCUUUGGUAUUUACACUUAUUGCUACCAUUGUUUGUAAAUCUAUUUAUUUUUUACCUGCAUUUUUUCAUUUUUUAAAAGGUCUGUUUUUAUAUCGCAAUGGAUUUGUCAUAAUAAAGAGAUUUGCACACAGGAA